UCAUGUUACCCUCUCUCUUGUCAUUCUCUUGUCAAGGGCCCGCACGCUGGUGUAGCUCUCAGGACAUUGUGACACGUUGCUACUGCAUUAGAUCUAGUCAUGGACUCGCGCACACGGCACGACUCUUCUGGGUUUCUGGAGGCCUUUAAAUCCUUUGCAACACAGGCAAUCCAUGUUGGGCAAGAGCCAGAGCAGUGGACGUCCAUGGCUGUAGUGCCGCCCAUCUCACUCUCAACCACGUUUAAACAGCAUGGACCUGGUCAACAUGCAGGCUUUGAGUACAGCCGUAGUGGAAACCCAACUCGGAACUGCCUUGAGAAAGCUGUUGCAGUUCUGGACGGAGCGAAAUACUGUAUUGCACUGGCGUCUGGACUAGCAGCUACAAUGACCAUCACUCACUUGUUGAAAACUGGUGAUGGUAUCAUAUGUAUGGAUGACGUAUAUGGAGGCACCAAUCGGUAUUUCUCAAAAAUAGCCUCUAAGCUGGGCUUGGAGGUGACGUUUGUGGAUUUCACAGAGCCUGAAGCAUUGAAGGCAGCUAUUAAACCAAAUACUAAGCUGGUCUGGGUUGAAACUCCUACAAAUCCUACUCUGAAGGUUGUGGAUAUAAAAGGCUGUGGAGAUAUUGUCCACAAGUACAACAAAGACAUCAUUGUUGUGGUGGACAACACCUUCAUGUCCGCUUACUUUCAGCGUCCUUUGGCCCUUGGAGCAGACAUUUGUAUGUACUCAGCAACUAAGUACAUGAAUGGUCACAGUGAUGUCGUGAUGGGCCUAGUCUCUGUAAACCGUGAUGACCUGUAUGAACAACUAAAGUAUUUGCAGAAUGCCAUUGGUGCCGUGCCGUCACCAUUUGACUGCUACCUCUGCAACCGCGGCUUGAAGACUCUUCCCCUGAGAAUGAAACAGCACUUCAGCAAUGCCCUGGCUGUUGCCCGGUUCCUGGAAGCUGACCCUCGGGUUACAAAAGUCAUUUUCCCAGGACUGCCCUCGCACCCUCAGUACGAGCUGGUGAAAAGGCAGUGCACUGGCUGUCCAGGAAUGAUCAGUUUUUACAUCAACGGGCAACUGCAGCAUGCCAGUGCCUUCUUAAACAAUUUAAAGCUUUUUACACUAGCAGAGAGUUUAGGAGGUUACGAAAGUCUUGCAGAGCACCCUGCCAUCAUGACUCACGCCUCAGUUCCUGAGAAUGAGAGAGAGGUGCUGGGCAUUAGUGACACACUCAUUCGAUUGUCGGUGGGUUUGGAGGAUGAGGACGAUAUUAUUAAAGACCUGAAUCAGGCACUGAAUGCUGCUCACCCUGGACUGAAACAUUAAGAUUGGCAAGGAAUUCUGCAGUCAUAAAAAGCCAAUGUAAAGUGUGCAAGUGAAGUCAAGAAUCUACACAGUCCUAUGACAGUGUGCCUUACAUUAGAAGCGACAUGUGUACUUAUAUUCAGUUAAUAGGGGUUAAUAAAAUAUAUUAAUCUGAAUGAUUUUAUUGUAUUUCAAAUUCAAGACUGAAAUGGAGAAACAUUUAUGAGCAUGAGUGGGAAUCAAAUUAUUGUUGCACGAUUUGGUAAUUAGUGAAUAAUUUACCAGCCUCCCUUUUAAAGGCCAGGUACUGUUGUACAGUACCACUUACACUGAUUGUUUCCAGUUGUGAUAAGUUUCUUUGCCAAACCUAUUAAAUUCUUGGUGAAAUCAA